AUGUUUAGAUUUGUUCGUCUAAUUGGAUUGACCGGAGCUACUUCUCCAGUCAGGCUAGGUAGUGUGAGAUUACUUUCCAUAAACAGCACUACUGCUUAUGAUGAGGUGAUGAAGGUUUUGAGAUCAGACUUAAAACAAAGUAUUAGAAUGAAAGCAGAUCCUUUGGAAAAAAAUGUUAUUAGAAGUAUAUUGACCGAAGUAAAAAAUAUGGAGAUCGCUACAAGAGGAGAACUUCACGAUGAGUUCCAAUUGGCAGACUUACUUGACAAAAUGAUUAAGGAGAGAAAUGCUUCUGCAGCCGAGUACAUGAAAGAAGGAUCACCAGACAGAUUUCAGCAGGUUGGUUUAAAUGAAUUGAGGGAAGCUGAUUUUCUCACAAGUUACCUGAAAAGAUUACCUGUUGCGUCGGACAAGGAAGUUGAUGAACAUGUCACAAAGUUGGCCGAGACUUUGAAGAGCGAAGGUGAGUUGAAUAGUAAAGAAGAUUUGUUCAAGAAGAUUCCUUGGAAAACUGUGAAGGGACAAUGGCAUGCUUCCAGAUCAUCCAUCUCUAAGAGUGUGGAAAGAGUUUUUAAAGAGGUUUCUGACGUGGAAGCAUGA